AUGAGAGGCUCCAAACUUUGCCGGAUGCCGAAUAAUAUGAUUGCCAUGUUCAAAGGGCUGCUGUUCCUCAGCACUCUUCUAAACGGUAUUGGACUUGCCAGAGCUGACAACCCGAUUGUUCAGACCAUUUAUACAACGGAUCCCGCACCACUAGUAUACAAUGGCCGCGUCUACGUCUAUACCGGCCAUGAUGAGAAUGGGUCCACGACAUUCAAUAUGAUUGACUGGCACCUUUACUCGUCCGCAGACAUGGUGAACUGGCAGGACCAUGGCUCGCCGGCCAGCCUAACAACUUUCAGCUGGGCCACCGCCAACGCCUGGGCUGGCCAAGUCAUCCCUCGCAACGGGAAAUUCUACUUCUACGUCCCAGUACGCCACAAUUCCGGCGCCAUGGCCAUCGGCGUAGGCGUGAGUGACAGCAUCACCGGCCCAUUCAUCGAUGCGUUAGGACACCCGCUAGUUCAGAACAACGAGAUCGAUCCAACAGUUUUCAUCGACGAUGAUGGGCAGGCCUACUUGUACUGGGGCAAUCCGGACCUAUGGUAUGUGAAGUUGAACCAAGAUAUGAUCUCCUUCAGUGGCAGCGGUCCCACGCAAAUACCUCUCACAGUACAAGGAUUCGGCGCCCGCUCUGGCAACGCCCAGCGCCCGACUACAUUUGAAGAGGCUCCGUGGGUUUAUAAGCGCAAUGGCAUUUACUACCUGAUCUACGCAGCCAACUGCUGCUCUGAGGAUAUCCGCUACUCCACCGGUACCAGCGCCACCGGCCCCUGGACUUAUCGCGGCGUUAUAAUGCCAACCCAAGGCAGUAGCUUCACAAACCACCCUGGAAUCAUCGACUUCAACAAUAAUUCGUAUUUCUUCUACCACAACGGCGCCCUGCCAGGCGGUGGCGGCUACAGCCGUUCUGUGGCUGUCGAGCGCUUCAAUUAUAAUUCCGAUGGUACCAUCCCAACUAUACAAAUGACGACACAGGGCGUACCACAAAUCGGCAGCCUUGAUCCAUACGUGAGACAGGAGGCUGAGACGAUAGCGUGGUCGUCGGGCGUGCAGACCGAAACCUGCAGCGAGGGCGGCAUCGACGUAUCAUACAUCAACAACGGGGCCUAUAUCAAGGUUAAAGGCGUCGACUUCCGCAACGGCGCAAAGACUUUCAUAACCCGCGUCGCCUCCGCGACUAGUGGUGGUAAGAUCGAGCUGCGCCUAGGCAGUGUGAGUGGCACGCUCGUCGGAACCUGUACAGUGUCCGACACUGGGGGCUGGCAGACGUGGACUACUGUGACCUGUCCUGUCAGCGGCGCAACGGGGAAGCAGGAUUUGUUCUUUCGCUUUACUGGUGGUAGCGGUUAUUUGUUUAACUUCAAUUGGUGGAAGUUUGAGUAACCGACGCCUACGAUAAACAGGUUACGGCCUAAAUUGGAAAGAGGAUGUAUCGGG